GAGAUUUGGCUGGAGUUUGAGCAGCAGCAGAAUGGCGGCCAUGUGAUGCAGCUCCCAAUUAGCUAGAUGACAUGAUGGACAUAACUUCAAGGCGCCGCAGACUUAAGCCUCUUCGAGAUGCAGAAUACCACAUCAACUCGAGAACUGACAAGCCAUACCUUCAGCAGCAGUAUAUUAACAGAUUUAAAGGACGUGGAGUGUUCACUAAAGAAUUUAUUUGGAAAGGGGAUUUUGUGGUAGAAUAUAAUGGGAAGCUGCUUACACAGGAACAGGGAGAUCUGAAAGGAAAACAGUGUGCAGAAUCCAGAGUCUUUCUUUUUGAUUUCGAGUGGAGAGGACAAAUGUGGUGCAUGGAUGCAUCCGAGGAGGACGGCAGGCUGGGCAGACUAGUCAAUGACGAUCACAGAAAACCCAAUUGCAAAAUGAAGGUCAUUGCUGUUAAUAAUCGCCCCCACUUGUGCCUUUUCUCAAUUGAUGAAAUUUUACCUGGAGGAGAAUUGACAUAUGAUUAUGGACCAUCAGACUGGCCAUGGAGACCCCAGAGGAUCAUUACUGUCACAUCUCAGACGUCAGAAUCGCGUUUACACAAAAGUUCAGAAGAGAUGAUUACAGAUGUUGCCACCACUGAGACAUUUACACCGUGUGUCCCUGAAGCAAGUUCACAACAGAUGAUUACAGAUGUUGUGACCACCGAGACAUUUACACCGUGUGUCCCUGAAGCAAGUUCACAUCAGAUGAUUACAGAUGUUGCCACCACUGAGACAUUUACACCUUGUGUGCCUGAAGCAAGUUCACAACAGUGUCACAAACAUGACUUUGUUCAUGCUACCGUGUCAUCCCUGGACAAAUGCAAAAUAUGCUUGGGAUCAGGGCUGUCUGCUUUCAAGUGGAUUGGUUUCAGUUGUAAAGUUUGUUCUGGUGUAUGGCAUAAGGAUUGUCUCCAGAAAACAGUGCCUGAGGAUAAACAUGAUUUUAGCUCAGAAGAUAAUCAAUCAGAUGAGGACAUGCAUGAAGAUGACAUGCAUAAAGAUGAUGAUUAUGUACCAGAUACUGACUCGGAAUCUGAUUCGGAUACAAGUACUGUGGUUGGCUCUAGUGUGUCUCAGGUUCCCCUUUCAAGGAAUAUUGAAGAAUUUCAUACUACAACAAAAAAUACAUGUGAAAAUACUGAUGAAACAACAGAUGAAGCAACAGAAGCACGUGUUAAUGGUAUAAACUACUGUUACGUUUGUCAAAAACCUCAGUCUAAACUUGCCAGACAUCUAGAGAUGCACAAGACCGAAGCAGAAGUAAUGGAAGCUCUUAGUUAUCCAAAACGUUCGGUAAACAGACGAAGACUUCUGGAGAAGCUACGUAAUCGGGGCAACUUCCAGCACAAUUUAGAAGUUCUCAAAAAUGGAACUGGACAAAUCAAAUUAAAAAGAUUUUCGAAGCAGUCUAAAUUCAUUCACUGUCUCUAUUGCAAAGGAAUGUUUUCCCGCAAAGAAUUGUGGCGACACACUCGCAGAUGCCACUUCAUGCCAGAGCGGGCUUCUCAUGAGUCUACAAAGGCCAAAGUUUUGGGCUUGGCAACAACAGCUCAGUCGGUGUUCUCUGAAAGUAUCUCCAAAGGGGUCUGGAAGCUUCUGGACCCUAUGAGGCAAGAUGAUAUAACAGCAGUUGUUCGCAAUGACUUUGGCAUUUUGCAGCUGGCUCAAACCCUGUACAACAAGCAUGGCAAUGACCCUACGAAACAUGAGUAUGUUCGUCAGAAGUUAAGGGAACUUGCACGUGUCUUGUUGGUUUUGCGUGGUGAUUCGAUAUACACCAUCGAAGAUGCUGUCAAACCUGGAAAUUUUUACAAAGUUGUCAACGCUGUGAAAAAAGUAUCUGGUUUUGAUGAGGAAAACCACACCUACACGGCACCAAGUCUUGCUCUAAAAAUAGGGCAUUCUCUGCAGAAAAUAGCCGACAUCAUUUACAGUAGGGCUUUGAUGACGGAAAAUGACAAUUUAAUCAAAUCAACUGAAGCUUUCAAGUCACUGUAUGCUGCAAAAUGGUGUGAGCUUGUAUCACACUCUGCCCUGAACACACUCAGUGAGAAGAAAUUCAACAAACCAUCGACCUUACCUUUUACCCAGGAUGUGCAACUUCUUCACACUCACCUAGAAAAGACUUCAGAGUCUGCCUUUGACAAAUUAAAGAAAACAGUAUCUCCCCAAAGUUAUGCUGACCUUGCAAAAUCCACUCUUGCUCAGAUUAUAAUUUUUAAUCGAAGGCGUGCUGGGGAGGUGUCCAAAAUGCGCUUGAAAAACUUCAUUGAAAGAGACAAAAGCCCCCUCCAUGCUGAUGUAUCCUUGGGAUUAACCAAGUUUGAAAAGAAGCUCUGUGAGCACUUUAGCCGGGUGGAAAUCAGGGGCAAACGUGGACGAAAAGUUGCAGUCCUCCUAACACCAUUCAUGGUGGAAUCCCUAAAUCUCUUGGUCAGCAAAAGAAUGGAAUGUGGUGUGCCUGAUACCAAUAUCUUUCUCUUUGCUAGACCACAAUGUUCAACUUACUACAGAGGUCAAGACUGCUUGAGACUUCAUGCAGAAAAGUGUGGAGCAAAAAAACCCGAAUACCUGCGCUCAACUCAGCUCAGGAAACAUGUUGCGACCCUUUCCCAAAUUUUAAACCUCAAAGAGAAUGAGUUGGACCAGGUCGCUGACUUUCUAGGACACGAUAUACGUGUCCACCGUGAACACUACAGACUGCCUGAGGCGACAAUUCAGCUUGCAAAAAUCUCCAAACUGCUAUUAGCAAUGGACAAAGGUUGUCUUGGAAGCAUCCAGGGAAAGUCACUUGAUGAGAUUCAAAUUGAAGAUCAAAUCCAGUUGACUGAUACUGAAGAUGAUGCAGGAGACGAACCGGCUGGCACCAGUUCAUUAGACAAAGAAGUAUCAACAUCACCACAAGAGGCCUGCCAGAAUGAAGUAAUUGGAAGUGUUGAACAUCGUGGGACUGCUGAUAAGAAGAAAAGAAUGUGGUCAAAAGCAGAAGUUGCUGCCGUGAUGAGACAUUUUAAAGUCCACAUAGUAAAAGGAAAUUUAGCCACAAAAUCUGAAUGUCUUCAGUGCAAAUCCGCUGAAGAGCCUGUGCUUCAAAACCGGUCAGUACAAAACAUACGAGACUUUGUGAGAAACAGAGGUAUAACUGCCAAAAGGAGAAGUCAGUAUGAAAGUGCUGUUAGCCCCUAAUCACCAAGCCUUCAGUGUUCAUGAAAUGUAGUUCUAUACAUUUUGAAUUGGUGUUGGUUUCUUUCCAGCCUACUUUUCUGAAGAAUGUUGGAGUUUAUAUGACGAUUUUACAACUGUUGUUGUAAAGAUUUUUGAAGAUUGAUGGCCGUUAACUGUUUUUUAUAAUGUUGCAAGUAAAUGUUGCCUCUUGCUGUUAACUGGUUUAUAUACACUUUUAAGUGACUGGUUUCAAAUGAGAUGAUGGUCAUGAAAUUAAGAAAAUAGUUUUUAACUGAUUGACUACCUUAUUGAAUAUUUUUGAUUGUGUCUUGUCUGCAGUGAAGUGUUCAUGUCUGACAUACUUGAACUAUAGUAGGGCUGGGCGAUAUAUCGGAUGAGAUUGUUAUGCACAUCUUAUCAGUAUCUUAUCAUAAUCACCUGCUUUCAGAUGGAGCCGC